AUGCGCUUCUGUCCAACAUUGGCCUUUGUAGCCUAUCUUGCAUCUGGUGUGCAGGCGCAUUUGCCUUACUACAGGCAUGCACGAAACAACAACGCUUUGACCGUCUUUCUGGAGCCCGUACUUGGGCAAUCGACGCAGGUCAAUGUCUCUAUUAAGAACGGCGGGCCUACUGAUCUGAGUCUCCUCAAAAUUGGAAAUGAGGUAUCUUUUAUGGGCAUUGAGCUGAGCCUCUACUACGAUGGACUCAAGUCCAAUCAUUUUGAGACGCUCAAAAUCGGGUCUUCUAUCUUUCGAACUAUCGACUUAUCUACCAUGUACGAUUUGAAGGCUGGUACAUACUCUGUGUAUGCUGAGGGUAGUAUUCCCGCUGCUUCAAAGGAAUCUAGCAAACCAAUUCCCGUUUCCUUUAAGUCCGAGGCUCUGUCGAUGAGGAUCACCAAAGCUUCAUCAGCUGAGGCAAAGCAAAAAGCAUCGAAGCGCACCAUUCUCCAGGGGGACUCUUGCACUACUGAGAAGCUCGAUAUCACUGCCAACGGUGUAAAGAACUGCGAAACUCUUGCCCGGGCCGCAGCUAAAGACGCAUCUGACGUUCACUCCGCGAGGUUCGUCGAGUACUUUAAGUCAAACGAGACCGUGGCUCGUGAGCACGUGACCGGCCGGCUUCUCGCCGUCGCGGAAGAGUGUUCCACUUCAGACAGUGGCAAUACACGAGUCUUUUGCAGAGAUGAGAUUGGAUACUGUGAGAGCGACGGUCCUUUGAUCGCUUACACGACCUGGGUCAACGGCUAUGUCACCAUGUGUCCGCUAUUCUACGAUACGCUGCCCCCUCUACCACAAAAGUGUCAUAAGCAGGACCACGCCACCACGACGAUCCACGAGAUGACGCAUGCUAGAGCCGUGUAUGAGCAGGAGGUUUCAACUCAGGAUUAUGCUUAUGGCUAUGAGAACUCUACUGCUUUGGAUCCUCUGUCUUGUCUUUACAACGCUGAUUCAUAUUCUCUGUACGCCAACGCGGUUUACUUGGAUUGUUGA